AUGUUACAAAACUAACAAAACUAUUUAAACGAAUCAUUCCAUUUUACAAACUUUGAAUAGAUUUCUCCCAUAUUUUAAGAAUUUCUUAGGAUAAUUAAUCCUAAUGCUUUAGAUAUGCUUUAAAAUUCAAAUUCUCUUAGUGAUAAUAUCAAAACAGAAGGAAGUAUCAGAAACUAGGAUUCUCAAUCCAGUAGUCCUACCUAAAUUUAUAAAUUGAAGAAAAAAUGGCAUGAUAGCACUGUUGUCAAACAAAAAUAAUUGUAACAACAGAUAAGUUGUUAAAAUAAUAAUUGUUAGAAUAAAAGAAAAAAUUUAAAUGAAACAUAGAUCAAAGGAAAGACUGUACUUUUAUGUAAUAGAUGUCUUAGUAAUUUUCACUCGAACAACUAUUGUGAGUUUUGCAUUUAAAUAUAUGAUCCUAAUCUAGGUUAUGAAAUGGACGAUAAAUAAUGGAUUAUGUGUGAGAAAUGCAACAGAUGGAACCAUGUUGAAUGUGAACAAUCCUAAGGAAAAUAGAACCUGAUUAAAAUUACCCAUCAUACAAAAUAUAGAUGCUCCUAAUGUCACAAAAAUAUAAAACAAUAAGCUAAAUCUAAAAUAUAAAAAGAUACUUUUUUAGAUCAGGAAUUAAUAAACACAAAAACUAAAUAACCCUAAACAAUAUUAAAAUUAUCAAAUAAAGAAAUAUUUGAAGAUAUAUCUCUUCUGAGGUCCCUGAUGUCAGAUGAAAUAUAAAAAAAAGUGAAAAUAGAUUGA